CCGAAAUUUGACCCACUGCAAUAAUGUAUACAUUAUUUUCUAAUGAAACACACUCAAUAACUCACAUUUAGGUAUUCUUUUCGAUAUACUGACUUAUGAUGUAAAGAGACACCAAAUAAAACAUCAGCUAGUAGGUACGUGAAGUGCAAACGGCGCAAAAUAUUAUUCAACGUAAUUCCACACCGGCGCGUUCAAAUUUAGACCUUAUUACUAACCAGUUAAUAGCCAAACGAGUGGUUCCAUUGUUACGUACCGUUUAUUGCAUGUGUUGCACACGACGAACGACGCUUGCGCACCUUUGUACACCUUGCGCAUAAAAAUAUUUGUACGUGUUUUUUCAUUACAAUCACUAGACAGAUAAUAAAUGAGUUUUAUGAAAAUCUUGCACUGAUAUUAUAAGUACAGUUAUCAGUAGGAAAACGUAUUUUGAUUAGCAAACCAUUUCUUUGUUGUAGUUUUAGAACAUUUGGCAAAUAUAUAGUUUAGAAAAUGUGGUAUGGUUUUUUAAGCUCCGAUGAGUAUCUAUUUAUUUAUCGAUGGCUGCCUAUAAUACUGGCUCAGUGUCAUGUCUUCAGUGAGAUGUAUUAUGAAUGUCAAUCAAAUGAAAUACUUAUCAUGGUCAUGAUAUUCGCAUACCAAGUCAUUGUAAUUCUGGUGCAAAAGUUCGCCCACUUGCAGGCGGAUUUGCUUCGUCACAUCGACCGGCGAUGCAGCAUUGCUGUAUCCAGUUAACAAGAAAUAAAACUUAAUGCUCUUAUGCAUUUUUUGAUAAGCGUUUCGCAGUCAAUAUCGCCGUCGACUUCAGUGCGCACAGCAGGUUCAUAAAGUGAACUGAAACACGGGUAUUUCCACGAGAAACGGGUAGAGAGAAGGCAUUGUGCUGGCCAGGCGAAGUCGGUUCGGUUUUGUUGUUCGUGGAAGCGAGUCGCAGGUGGGCGCUCGCUGUGCGAUGGCAGGCCGAGGGAGGCCGACGGGCCCCGACGCCGGCUCAGCCGAGUGCUCAGCGGCUGAACGCCGUAACCGCCCCGGCCGCCUCGCACCAGUCUGCGUUCGGCUGCCAUUCUGCCUGCUCGUGACAGUGACGCCGUGCUGUGACACAUUUGACAGUUUGUUAUCGUGAUCGUGUGAUGUUUUCGUAUCGGAACUAUGGUGUAUCCCCAUGAAAAUGUGGAGUGAUUUCCAGGGCUCGGGCGGCGGGUGCGGCGCCAAGCGGCGCGCCGUCUCCCCGUGCGAGGGCGGCGGGAAAGUCGCGCGCUGGGAGGAUUCGAUAGCGAGGCUCGAGGCCGUAGCCGCCGGCGCCGGCGGCGGAGACUGCUGGCGAGAAGACGAAGAGAGGCGCGCUUGCCGCCGGCGCUGGUGCGGUGGCUGGUGCGGCGCGCACGAAACUAUCCGUGCCGAGAACGGCAAGUCCUACCUCGAGCUGGGCGCCGCCGCGGCGCGCUCCUGCUGCGAUGGCCGCGCCGCGGGCCGCUGCGCCUCGCGCCGCUGCUACCGCGAGCGACGCCAUAAAAUGAUGAACCUCUGCGCUCUCAAGCUGGCUCGGUUUCGGCAAACCGCCGACCCCUCCUUGAGGCGAUCCGUGCUCGUGUGCAACACGCUGCGAGGCAUCGAGCGCGAGAUGGAAAGGGAGAGCGCCGAAGAAGCGCCCUUCGAACCCGCUUGUGUGGCGAACGGCACGGCGCGGUGCGAACUCCUCGGCGCGAGGGACCCGGCUGCGGGCCGCGCCACCCCCUUCCCCACGCCGCCCCCGCCGGACCGCGACUCCGGCUACGGCGACGAAGAACAGCGUACCAUCGACUGGGGCUCGGUGCUGAGCCUGUCGUCACGAUCGGCGCUAGACCCUCCCGAGGACGCGUGGCCCGAUGACUGGGGCUGGAGCGAGGACAGCUUCGUGCGGCUGUUGGUGCCGACGAGUUAGUGCUCGCCGCGCGGGCCGGAGUCGCCCGCGCCGCCGCCCUGAGCGCCUGUGAUACGCCGCGGUGAGGCGGGCGGCCGCUGCCGCGCGGCAUCUAGUCGGUCCCGGACGCGGCGCCAUCGCCACCGCGCCCACCGCGCGCGCACGCGGCGCCACGCUGCACGCAGUCAGUAGUUAGUAUUAUAUAAUUGCUAAAGGGAAGGUGCUAGCUUCGGACGUGACGCAGGACUUUGACGCGAGCCAAGUUAUUUUUGAUAGUUUUAUUUUCUUUAAGUGAAUUCCAAACCGAAACUGAAGUGACUUAGCUAAAUGACGUUUUAUCGUUUAAAUUAAAGAAAAACUCGGGUGUUUGAAAUUUUUGUUGAAAUUAUUGAGUAAUUAAUUAGGUGAAAUACUAUAUUUAUUAUUUCGUUGGAAGAAACGUGAUAGUUUGAAAUUAUUUCUGUCUUGAUAUUUUCAAUGUAAUUAAUGUAUGUAAUCUGAACAACGAGAUGACUAUGAUUGGGUUAUGUUUUACUAACAGAAAUCCCAUUUCGUAGAAGUGUGAUCUUUUACAAGUUAAUAAAUAUAGAUUUAAUGAACUAGGUACCUCUUCUGUUUAAGUCACUAAUGUUACUUCCGUUAUCGAUUUAUUGAAGUGAUGAAGCAUCAAAGAGCACACCUCUCACGAAUCAGAUUUCGCUCAGUAAGUUCGCUAGACGAAUAGUGUGGACAUGUGCCGCUAUUGCCGCACGACAGUGAUUCGCUAGAUGACGUAUCGACUGCUGUGGCCGUCCGCGGGGGCAGACUCGAUGUUAGUUCAUCGGAACAAUGACGAACAAAUGACGUCAACGACUAGUACUUAAUAAUGGAUGAACUUUCAUUAGUGUUGCAUCCACCACGACCACUGGCAGCAUUGUAAACUGGAUGUCAAUUAGGUAGCCUUACCGUCUGACUAUGAAAGUGUCAUGUUAGCAGCGGGAUAAUGCAUUUGAAUCAUUGGAAUUUGCAACAGCCGCCUGACCGGCCCGAGGCCGUAUUCAAACUGCCCUCCUCACUUUGGAAUUGCAUAACUAAAUAGCUACAUUAUACACUCGAACGCCUUCUAACAAAAUGUGUUUUACUUAUGUAGGUAAUAAGAAAGUGUCGUUCUAGGCUUACCGUAAACUCUCAUCGAAUAAUUUAUUUCCUAACUAACCGUGAAUCACAGUUCCUAAUAUGCAAUUAAACUAUUAGUGAAAAACGGUAAUUUAUUUGUUGCAUUGAUUAUAGUUUUGUACUGAUAACUUUGUUGGAAGGCGUCCGACCCCCCAUGUGUCGUAACUUGAUCAAGUUAUAAUAUAAUUGUAAAAAAAAUACCCAUUGAAAAUUUGGGUCAUCGAAUUAAUCCUAAAUUGUAACCAUAGUAUAACCCAUCGUUUCUAAUACGAGAGACCUAGUCAAAACUUGCGACUGAUCUUGGAGGUUCUUCUCCGACCUCAUGAAAACAGGCGAUGAUAAUGUUCUCUCAUUAGUAACGUCGGGUUGUGCGCAACGCGCGUGAAAUGGAAAUGCAAAUGAAUUUGGCGUCAUUGGGAUUUGUGGUCGGCGCUCUGUGACAAGUACAUUUUUAAUCUCAUCUGCGAUACAAUUUAACGCUCAUCAAAUUGACUUCAUUACUGCAAAUACAACUGACCACUCUCCCAUUGAUGCCAUAAGACAACGCGCUAUUACCACGGAAUUGGAUAUACACGGACCAAACAUAGUAGCAUGACUUUUAAUAGAGCAAAGUACAAAUUUCAAUAAAGUAAGAUGCAUCAGUGCUCCGGCGCAUGUUUGUCCACUGUUGUCAAUUACUCAAAUAUUUGAAUUGUGAUUCGGUAGCUAAUGAGAGAAAACUCUAUGUUCUUAAAUAUAGUGUAUAUAUGAUAUACGGAGAUGGGCAUUAUGGCGCGAUCACCCGCGACCGUUGUAAAUACAUUAUUGUAAAUUAAUAAUUUUAUUGAUAUCUGUGUCGAAUGUCGGUAGCAGCUCACGGCUCCGCUACACACACCAUGUUGUAUCAUACAACCUCUAUUCUGUCCAUAAAUUCGAGUACAUAACAAAUUUAACAAGUUACAUAUUAAUGCAUUUUAAUGUAAGAUGUCACAAAAUCUAUUGCCAGUACAGAUUAUUAAGAUACACGAACAACUUUAGUCAUAAUUGAGUUUUGAACUCGCGCACUCGGUAACUGAAUUCAGCUCAAUCUAUUUUAUUUUAUGGUUUAUUUUUGCGUAGAUAUUUUUGUUGAACAUGUCCGUAUGGUUGGUUGUGAUGGUUUACUUAAGUAAGUUAGCGACUCUUCGGCAAACUGCUCUGUUUGACGUGUCUACCUACAUACAUAUUUAAUACCUACAUAUUUGUACUAACGAUUUUGAGUCGUUUUCCGUCUGGCUUCUGCCGGACAGACGUUUAUCUAACUGCGGUUCUAUUUAAUUUGGAGGUACUUAAUAUAUAAAUACUUAGUUAAGCUAUCUUUUUUUACACAGCCAAAUAUAUUUUCUUACUGUAUUUUGAUGGAUACACGUCUGUGCGGUCAGGAGACACCCCGACUGCUUGCAAAUUAUGUACAAACUAUUUUCGAUCAGCUCCCCCCUCAUCCUGUCAUUUUCACAUUUGUAUAAAAUUGUAUUUGAAAUGCUCAACACGAAUGUUUUAUUACAAUUCGUUUCGGUGUAAAUUUUUUGUAUAGACUAUAAAAGUGGAGGCACUACUUUAAAUUUACGGUUUCCCUGAGGUAUGAUAUCGUUUGUGACGUGAUUGCUAGUUGCCAUAGUAGUUGGGCGAGCGGCUCUCGCGGCUCAGAUGUGAUAACAGCAAUAAUUAUGACUCUCUUGUUGUCAUAUCCGUCUUUGGGUCGUGGUCUCUUCCAAGAAGGGAACACGACCACUUCAUACGUAACUUUAAAAUUACAUUAUUAUAAGUGUAAUUUCUUAGCGUUUUUUCAUUGACAUUGGUUACCAAAAAUGACAGGAUUUUUUAUUAAAACAAUUGUGAAUAUAUUUUAAAUACUUUCAUUAGGAAGUAGUGAAACUAAUUUUGAAUCAACAACCAAUAUUGCACAUCGAAUUGUUAAUACGUUCCUCAUGUUGAAGUUAUUCAAAAUAGUUUCUCUAAUUGUCUAAUGUAAGAUAUAUAAUUGUAAUAUAUUAUUGUUUAAGCUGUUGUGUCGAAAAUAACAAGAACAGGAAUAAUUUUGUGAAACAAUGGCACAAAGAUGAACAUAAAUAUUAUAUAUAUUAUAGAAACAGAAAUGUGGCUAUAAGAGCAAUUUUUAUAAUAAAUAUUUACUGUUGAAGAAA